CUUGAUUUAUUCUGCUCCCCCUGCCUCCUCGCCUGCCCAGAGAGCGAGGCCUGCAGAAUCUGACUUCACUAGAUAGUCAUCCUGCAGCGCUGGUGUUCCGGAUUUCUCGCUUUUCCUCUCCCGAUCCUGCAUCACCGUCCUUGCUACCCUGCCUCCAAAGCUGACCUAGGUCCUUUUUGGUUUUCUCUCCAAGGGAAGCGGGCGCUGGAAUCCCAGCAUCCUGCGCUCGGCCGGACGCAAUCCCUUGAGGCUUGCAGACCGAGCACUGGCAGUGGUUCAUUCCAGGCACUAACCCCCUCUACCCCCACGAAAUCGGCAGCACCCUCAUCUAGUAAACACAUUAAAUUGACCUGGGAACCGAAAUGUCCUUGGUCUCGGGUCCCGGUAGGGCUGUUGGCAGCGCACCCGACCAGAAGUUGUGCGUCACGAAACAUGUGGAUUACAUUAAGAACUUGGACAGCAGGCGGGAUGAGCUAGAAUACUGGCUCACCGAGCAUCUUCGCUUGAAUGGGGUGUACUGGGGCUUGACGGCCCUGCACCUUCUCGGCUGUCCCGAAGGCCUCCCUCGGGAAGACACCGUCAACUUCGUGCUAUCAUGCCAGCGCGAGAACGGUGGCUUCGGAGCCGCGCCGGGCCACGAUGCCCACAUGCUCUACACCGUCUCGGCCGUGCAAAUACUCGUACUAAUGGAUGCGUUGGACGAAUUGGAAACUCGUGGUCUGGGGGGCAGACAGAAAGUUGGCUCUUUCAUCGCAGGACUCCAGGACAAGGGCACCGGUGCAUUCAUGGGUGACGAGUGGGGUGAACAAGACACUCGCUUCCUGUACGGCGCGUUCAAUGCGUUGUCCCUCAUGGGUCUCCUUGAUAUGGUCGACGUCCCUAAAUCUGUCGCUUAUGUCCAAAAAUGUGAGAAUCUGGACGGAGGCUACGGCAUUCGUCCGGGCGCUGAAUCCCACGCCGGCCAGAUCUUCACCUGCGUAGGAGCUUUGGCAAUAGCCGGCAGACUUGAUCUGGUGAACAAGGAUCGCUUGGGCGGCUGGUUAAGCGAACGCCAGGUGGACAAGGGCGGUCUCAAUGGACGCCCCGAGAAAUUAGAAGACGCAUGUUAUAGCUGGUGGGUUGGAGCCAGCUUGGCCAUGAUCGACAGGCUUCACUGGCUUGACGGUGCGAAGCUUGCUUCUUUCAUCUUGCGUUGUCAGGAUCCGGAGGCUGGCGGACUUUCAGAUCGGCCAGGCCACAUGGUUGAUGUCUUCCACACUCACUUUGCCAUUGCCGGUCUGAGUCUCCUGAAAUACGAUGGUGUCAACGAAAUAGACCCAAUCUAUUGUAUGCCCAAAGCAAUAACAACCCGAUAUUUGACGAGGUAACAUGAUAUGUGACCUGAUCUGUCCUUCCUUCGUAGUCAUUUCACUACCUCCUGCAAUCUAAUAACCCGUUUUUCUUACCUC